AUGGCGCCGGUGGAGACGAAAUCAGCACCGGCUUCUCCCCAGCAUCACCAUCAGCACCAUCAUCAUCUACAGCAGCCGAUGAUGCCCAUCCCCGCCGGAAAGAAGGAGGGCCUCGGCUACGCUUCCGGGCUGCUGAAUCCUAUCUCAUCAUGCUUCAGCUUCAUCUUGCCAGGAAUAUUUAGGAGGCCGCAGACCGAUUCUAUUGCCUCCUACACCGGCGAUGAUUGGGAGAUCCCGUUCGAAUCUAUCACCAACUUGGAGUGGCUGGGCGCCGGUUCACAGGGCGCCGUCUUCACGGGAAAGCUGAACGCGCAAGUGGUGGCGGUCAAGAAGGUAAAAGAACUUCGGGAUACCGAGACGUCCCACCUCCGCCAUCUCGCCCACCGCAACAUCGUCAAGUUCAUGGGGGUGUGCACACAGGCGCCGUGUUUCUGCUUGGUGAUGGAGUUCUGCUCCAACGGGCAGUUGAACGAGCUGCUGAGCGGGGGUCAGCCGAUUCCGCAUCAAAGAUGGGUGGAUAUGGCACGACAGGUAGCCGCCGGCAUGUCCUACCUCCACGCCAACAAAAUCGUCCAUCGCGAUCUAAAAUCCCCAAAUAUCCUCGUCGCCGGCGACGGUACCAUGAAGAUCUCCGACUUUGGCACCUCCCAGCAUUGGAAAGGAGAACGAGACUCCGCACUCAUGUCCUUCUGCGGUACCGUCUCCUGGAUGGCCCCGGAGAUGAUCAAGAAGGAGCCUUGCUCCGAGAAGGUCGACAUCUGGUCGUUCGGUGUCGUCCUGUGGGAGAUGGUGACGUGCGAGCUGCCGUAUCGAGGUAUCGACUCGAUGGCUGUGCUCUUUGGAGUCGGGUCGGGGAAGUUGGCGCUGCCCAUGCCGACAAUGUUGCCUGAUGGAUUGAGGAUGUUGAUACAGCAGUGCUGGUCGCAGAAGCCAAGGAAUAGGCCGUCAUUUCAGGGCGUCCUCCAACACCUCGACAUCCUCGGCAACGAGCUGGCGGGAUGGGGAGAAGCCAAGAACUCCUCGGCCGAGAGCGAGAUCUCGCCAUCCGGGAGGGACGGCACUAUAGAGGUGGCUCAUUUUCGGGCCCGCUUAACCACCGCGGGGCCGUCGUCGUCCGCGCAGGGCCGAGAAGUCAUCGAGGGGAGGCGACUGCCGAGUAGCGUCUUCUCCACGCACGUUGCCCAUCCUUCGCUGUAUGGGGCUGACGAUGGGAUGUCGUCGAGCAGCGGGGAGGAGCAGGUGGAGGAUGAGAUCGAUGGAUCUCCGGAUAUGAGGAGAGGGUCGCCGUAUCGAUGCAGUCAAGCUAGCAGCUGGUCCGGCCACCCCUCAUUCUCACGCCAGUCCUCCCUCCGAUCCUCCCAAGGCCUCCGCCCAACUCGUCCAUCCCCACUACGUCCCCACAAUGCUUCAAUGUCACCAAGCCUUGCCCGCGAGAGCGCGAUGCGCCACUCUUCCUCGUCUCAACAAUGGUCAGAAUUCGCGCGGAACUGCCCGGCACGACACUCUGGAUUCUCGGAGGACUCUGGGAUCCAGCUGGGGCCAUCGAGGGUCAACUCUUGCUCAAUCCUGGAGGAGACCGGACCCCUGACGCCUCAGCAUCCAUCGCUGCUGACGAGGGCCCAUGAGGGGAGAUGGUCGGAUGGGUCGGCGAGGAGGAGGACCAAGAGACCGAGGGAUGCCUUUAGACGGGAUUCACCGGCUAGGUUGCCGCAAGUCCGCCACAACCGCGACAAGGAGAAGCGCGCUUCAUGCCCAGUACAACUUCCGGAAAGGGAACUGUCUGUCGUCAGCCAACAAUCCGACACCAUCUACGACAAUUAUGAUAGGUCCGCCAGCGUCGCCCCAUCCUCUUCCUACGAUGAAGCUCUAGCCAACUAUGGCUCGACAGCCACCCUUCCGCCUGCCUUGUCGAACGCGAUGUCAUCUACCUCGGUCUCGACGAUCCCAUGCCGACCACAGCCGCUGCCGCCGUUUUGUCCGGGAGGAACUGGAUACUCCAACCCCCUCUACGCCUCCCCGAUCUCAACCUACGAGAACCCUCUCGUCGACCCAAGCAACUUACUCCGCGUCCAUCCAAACGUCGAUCUGGCUUCUUCUAUAGACAGCAACAACCCCGGGCGCCCGGAAGACCUGCGAGAUUCCGACUCGGAUGCGAGUGGCGAGAGUUCAUCAGAAGCCGAGGGAGUGGAAGGAGGAGACGUGGGAGACCGAGAGAAUGGCAACAUCUUCGAGUCGAGCCUCGACUCCAACAGGGCGUCAAAUACCUUCAGGCCUGAUGAGGUGACGGCGGUUGAGAAGAGGCAUCGCGAGCUGAUGCUCCUCGAGUCCUCCUCCAUGGCCUCAUCGUUGGAGCGCUCUUUGGAGAGGUCGCUCGAGAUGGCGGCCAUUCAUUCGGAUGGAUUGUCGGACCGCGAGACUGCACUCCGGCGUGUUCAACGGACGAUAAAGACGCAUCGUCGUACUCACUCGGGUGGCCAACCCGUCCACAUGGCCAUCGUCGACGAGACGUCCACCGAGAGCGACGAGAGCGAGGCAGUCGCGUGC